GUUCAGGAACCGAAAGAUCUUCUGUAAGAAGACAGUGACGUGAGGAAGCGAAGGAUGUGGGACAGCUGCUGUUAGACCUGUGUAAAAAAAACCGGUACUAUUUCUGCGUUCACAUCCUGAGGAAACGCACUUAACUACCGCAAAGCAGCCGUCGAAUCCGAGAAAACAUGGGGAAUCGCGUAGCUCGCGAGGAUUUUGAGUGGGUUUAUACCGACCAGCCUCACGCCGACCGCAGGAAAGAGAUCAUGGCUAAAUACCCAGAGAUCAAGUCUCUGAUGGGACCGGACCCAAGACUGAAAUGGAUCGUCUGCACGAUGGUUGCCAUCCAGUUUUUGGCCUUCUAUUUGGUGAAGGACCUGUCGUGGAAAUGGGUCAUGUUCUGGACAUAUGUGUUCGGGAGUUGCAUAAACCAUUCAAUGACACUCGCGAUUCACGAGAUCUCACACAACACGGCUUUCGGCAACAACCGUGCCAGAUGGAACCGCUUGUUCGCCAUCUUCGCCAAUCUGCCCAUUGGGCUGCCCUACUCGGCGUCCUUUAAGCGCUACCACCUGGACCACCAUCGCUACUUGGGUGGAGACGGUGUGGAUGUCGACAUCCCCUCGGAUUUCGAGGGCUGGUUCUUCUGCACCCGUUUGCGUAAGCUCUUCUGGAUCAUGUUCCAGCCGCUCUUCUACGCCAUCCGUCCUCUCUGCAUCAACCCCAAACCCAUCAGCCAGCUGGAGCUCCUCAAUGUGGCCAUACAGCUCGCCUUUAAUGCUGUGCUCUACUGGGCCUGGGGCGCCAAGCCCCUGGUCUACAUGAUGAUGGGCUCCAUGUUAGGAAUGGGUCUCCAUCCCAUCUCAGGACACUUCAUCGCAGAACAUUACAUGUUCCUCAAAGGCCAUGAGACCUACUCUUACUACGGAUCCCUCAACCUGCUGACUUUCAACGUCGGCUACCACAACGAGCACCAUGACUUCCCUAGCAUCCCAGGACGCCGACUGCCGAUGGUGAAGGAGAUCGCAGCGGAGUACUACAGAGACCUGCCGUGCUACACGUCGUGGGUCAAGGUCCUCUAUGACUUUAUCAUGGACGAUGAACUGAGUCCGUACUCGCGUGUGAAGAGACGGCUGACAGGAGAAGUCAAGCAGGAGUGACCGCAGACCAUCUUACCCUUCGAUUUUUAGCCAUCUGUGACACAAAGGACAUUUCCAUGUUGCUUUUUGGCUUUUAGCAAGUGUGCUGACAAAUUUUAAUUGUGAACCAAAACGUUUGAGCUCCUCUGUUGCACAGAUUCAGACGCUUGUAUUGUAGUUUAAUGGAACUGUCAUGUUUUGCAUCUGAAUGCUGAUGUUUCAAACUCGUUAUACAUUAGAAGAUUUGAUUGAACGGGUCAGCAGUUUCACUGUUCUUCUGCUCGCUCGCAGUUAUCUGUGUGAAUAACGCCAACAGAGCUAUGAACACACUGGAAAAAUUCAAUAGAAUAUAUAUGAAUAAUCCAAAAUAAAAGUUUGUGUACAUAAUAAAUGUGUACUGUAUACAUUUAUGUAUAUAUAAAGACGCAUACAGCAUACAUAUUUUGAAAAUAUUUACAUGUAUUUAUAUAAAUUAUAUCAUAUAUAAAUAUAUAUUUUUCUUAAAUAUAUACUUGCAUGUGUGUGUAUUUAUAUAUACAUAAUAAAUUUACACAGUACACAAACAAAUCUUAUGUAUAAAAAAGCUUUAUUGUAUGCGAUUAAUCAUUUGACAGCACUAGUCCUUAUGUAUUGUUUUUAUAAUAACCGUAGCUCUGCCGCAUCAGAAAUGAGUGUGUGGUUCAGUGCAGUGCAUCUAUAAGUACUGAAAGCGAUAAUGCUACUCAUGUCUCGUUAACACAUGCCAAAGUCCGGAGGUUUGGUGGAGAGGGCUGUUGAAGCCUCUGUUUUACGUCAUUAUUUCAUCUAUUUACCAAGAGAAUUGACGAACCUUGACUAACAGUGAAGUAUUGAGUUGACUACAUUUAUACAUUUUAUAUCACAUGAACUGAAAAGCCUUAAUAAAUUUGAGCUGUGUCUAA